AUGCGACAAUGUUUCAAACUUAAUAGAUAGUCAAAUUGUUUAAAAGGGCAAAGGAAAAAGACGAGAAGUGAUAUAUUGGUAUUGCUAAUUUGGUAUCCCGUUAAAUAAAGGGAUUACCGUCAAUUAACAACUCAAAUACACAUUUUCUUCAAUUUGCUACCAUCGAUCAAGACAUCAUCGAGCGUCGACUAUCAAGAAACGCAUUAGAGAAGCCCAGGAGCAAUUGAGGUCGAAUAUUCAAGAAAUUGCUUUCCAAUUCCUCCCCGGAGCUUAUUCAUCGAUUUCUCUUCUCUGCUGAAGUCAAUGGAGUAAGACAAGGGUUAAGUGUUGUUUAAGUUGUCAGAACUCGGUUGACAAUGAAUUGGAUAAAAAAGUUGCAGUGUGUGACUCAGCCAAAAGUCAUUAGAGCUAUAGUGAAGAAGCAACAGAAUGGUAUCCUUGUUGCUGAUAAGAUACCAGUAUUCAAGGAAACUGGUUUGGGCAAAGGGAACUAUGGUUCUAGAGCAAUACACAAUGGAAGUAACUUGAGUAGAGAUUUUCUAGUAAAGCUGUGGGUUGCAGAUGCUAAAAUGAAAAAGACACAUGAAAAAAGAAAGCAAAAGUUUAUUGAGAGUGCAGUUAAAGAAGAAAGGGGUUUCCAUGGCAGGUCUUUAACUGGGGAUGAUGGACCUAAACAAUUAUCCACAGAGCCUCUAGAAUCUUCUUCCCCUGAGGAGGCUUGGAUUGCACCUCUUCUUUCAAGAUCUAAUCUGCUCAUUACAAGGGACAUAGAGUGGGCCAACCUUACACUUGGCUUUGAACAGGCGAACAGAUAUGCAAUAGUUGAUGUCAGCAACCCGCAUGAGCCUGCAGGUUUUAUUCGUGAGGAGAGCAAUGUGAUUAUGAGACAGUUGCUUCGUCUUAGAAGACCUUUUGUUGCUACUAUAACCGAUGGAUUUGGUAACGAGCUGUUUAGGGUGAGAAGGCCCUUUUGGUGGAUAACAAGCUCCAUCUAUGCAGAAGUAGGUGGAAAGGAAAUUGGUGUGGUUCAUAGAAGAUGGCAUCUUUGGAGGAGGGUUUAUGAUCUGUACUUGGGUGAUGAGCAGUUUGCAGUGGUAGAGAAUCCAGGUUUUUGGCACUGGACAUUUACUUUAAAGGGGAUUCAUGGUGAGGUGUUGGCUGAGAUUGACCGUGACUGGAGAGGUUUUGGUUAUGAGGUGUUGACUGAUGCUGGUCAAUAUGUCAUCCGAUUUGAAAGUGCUGCCACGUCACACCUGUCUGGAAAGGCUAGAGAAUUUAAGGUGGCGCGUCGAUUGACAUUGUCAGAGAGGGCGGUGACCGUUGCACUUGCUGUGUCUUUGGAUAAUGACUAUUUUUCAAGACAUGGAGGCUGGGGGCUUCCUUUUAUUGCGGUUGCUGAAUGACAGACAGAAAGAGAGAGAUGCCUAUGCCUGCCACGUCAGCAUUCAUGACGUCAUUUCAUUGUUAAUUGUAUGAUUAGAGUUGUGUUGAGAGAUGAUUGAUGUAUACAUUGCAUUGCAUUGCUGCGGUUAUUUGUAAAAUUGCUCCAAUAAAUGUGUUGGUGUACUUGGUAAAAUGGUUUGGAAAUGAUUUGAAAUACUAUAGAAUUUUGUGUUUUCUAA